CCUUAAAAUCCCUCGUCUUCCCUAGCUGAGAAACAGAUAAACUCCGGCGGCAAGAUCCAGGAGCAGAGAUGGCAGACGAGCAGCAGUUGCGGCUGGAUCUCGAGGAGCUGAGGCACCUGCAGAGCCUUGCUAAGAGGCCUCGCGUCGCCUCCCUUCUCGCCUCUGAGAUCCGUAGCCUUGAAGCCAAGUUGUCUGCGGUGACUGCGGCAACAACAGGGGCUAAGGUUUCUGCAGAGAAGGCACCGGUAGCUGCUGCUGCCUCUUUGAACAGUUAUGUUACCCUCUCAUCGUUCAGCUGGGAUCAAGACAAUGACAAGAUCAAGAUCUAUGUUUUCCUUGAAGGAGUUGAUCCAGAGAAGUUGGAGACUAUUUUCAAGACAAUGUCAGUGGACCUCAAAUUCCAUGAUAUUCAGGGAAAGAAUUAUCGGUGCACCAUACCAAAAUUAAACAAAGAAAUAGUCCCUGAGAAAUGUAAGGUGCUAGUUAAACCAACAAAAGUGAUAAUUACACUUGUGAAAGCUUCGAAAGGAAAUUGGCUAGACCUUCAUUUCAAAGAAGAUAAGCUAAAGCCCAAUCUAGACAAGGAGAAAGAUCCAAUGGCAGGCAUCAUGGAUCUGAUGAAGAAUAUGUAUGAUGACGGUGAUGAUGAUAUGAAACGAACAAUUGCCAAGGCCUGGAGUGAUUCAAGAUCAGGAAAGCCUGCUGAUCCCCUGCGUGGAAACUUUUGAUUUUCUGUUGGUCGCCUAGUGAUUGGCUAUAUUUAUCAACUCAUUGCAGUUUUGAUACUCUUUAAUCAAACUGGUGCUGAUUUUAAAAAAGCUGCGUUGGAAGUUAAUUUAGUCAUUUGUGAUGUUCUAAAAGGUUGCAUUUUUCUUGGUGUUGGGGAUUACAAGUCAUAUGCAGCCAAGACUUUGUUUUUCUUGCAUAAAGAUCCUUUUAUCUCGCCCUAA